UAACUAUCCAUCUAAAGGCGGCCCACUAGCCAUGGCUGAAGGAUCGAUCGCGUCAGCUGUCGCAUUGCCUGAUCCGGAACCAUCGAGUCCCGAUGCCACUUUGAAACGGCGACAGUUCCCUUCGCAAGAAGAUAACAAUGCCAAGCGCCGUCGAGUUAGUACGAGUCAAGCACAGUCCACGGCGGACGAUACUUCGCAGGUUUCACCCGUCGUACCGAGGACAUCUGUCGAUGACGGAAAGGAAAAAGGUCGCCAAAAAACUGGACGGGAGGAAGAGCGCAAGCGUGGUCAGAGGUUAUUUGGCGCAUUGCUCGGGACGCUUUCACAAAGCUCAUUGACAGCCACACAGAAGCGGCGCGCCGACAUUGAGCGAAAGCAGCAGGCCAAGCUGAAACAGCAGGAUGAAGAGUAUGAUGAACAAUAUAGGAAACGGCGCGAGGAGCUAAUGGCUCGGAGAAGAAGGGAUCAAGUGGUAUAUGAGAGAGAGUCGUUGCGAGUUCGCCAUUCAAAUCUGCGGGCGAUGGCCCGCUCUCUGAAGACUAAGUCGACACCAACCCUGUACUACAAACCUUGGCAGCUUCGGCCAGAAGAAAAGGACAUCAUCGACUCGCAGGUAGAAGAUGCAGAAGCUACGAUCGCAAAGGAAGUGGAAGACUUCGAACGCCGGAAUCGCAGAGAAACCGAAGGAUCGCAACCGGAAAAAGAAGCGGCAGAGUUACCUCCCGCAGUUGAGUCAAGAAGCACCGCGGAUCCGACGGAGUCAAUUGCUAACAAUGGCCCAAAGCCGGACACGGUGGGUUCCGAUACUAAUGAUCAUCAAGAAGCUUCAGAGGCCCAAAAGCAAACCACUACUAAUGACAUUCCUGUUCCUCCGGACCGGAAUGAGGAAACAGCUCAUGCGAGACCCAAUGAAGAUGACUCGGGGGAGGUUGUCUUGGAAGACAAAGAAGAUACUGUGAUAUACUAGGUUGGCCCUGAUUUUACCCUCUCCUGAUUCUCACAUUCCUGAAGGCCUUUCCCAACAAGUCGCCCUGCUAUCCAUCUAACAUGCACCCGGACUCCUCUCUUGCCAUUCCCCACAUCGCCAGCAUUCCCGCUUGAGCUGUUGUCGGCCAAACUUUGCUUCCAAUGAACUUUUGACGGCGUUCGUUUGCACCACUUGGGUGCAUGCUGAUUCCGUUCCCGCUAAUCACGCAUCUAAGCAAUGUGGAAACAAUUUGUAUGUUCCGAGCGUAUUAAUGUUGAUAAUGCAAAUUUUAGCAGUUAAC